AUGAUGCUGAUGACGAUGUUACCUCAAGCGGCGGCCGACGACUACACCGUCACCAUCACCAAGGUGCAGCUUACCUAUUGGUGUCAACACUUGGACUGGAAUGAUGGGGAAGAAGAGUGGGCGUGGAACGUCAUCGUCGACGGAAAGAGCAUGUGCGUGACGGGCAACAGCGACAACAACCUGCCGUGGGAGCAAGCGCUCCAGUGGGAGGCCGACUUCACGACUCAGAGCUCGCAGCUGACGAUCAAGAUCGACGCCUGGGAGAAAGACGCUGACGGCGCGAUUUGCUCCUGGGCCCACGGCGACGAUCCGUCGCAGCGCGUGCAGGACGAGUUCACCUUCCCCGCGAUGAGCACGGGCCAAACACAGACCUGGUCCAGGACCAUGACCUUCCAAAACAGGGACAGCAUGCCGUGGGAUGGGUACUGCAGCACCACGAUCGAAGGCAGAGUGACCAAGAUCGCAUCCAGCACUGUGUCGGAGGCAGCGCCGCGGAUCAUGGGAACCCAGGUCACCCUGGUCAACAACGUGCCGAAGCUGCGCAUCACCGGCAGGGACCUCCACCCGGACCCGCAGGAGCUGCCUGUGGUGCAGAUCACCGGUGGUGGUGGUGAUGGUGGUGGCAGCACUGCGUGCAUCGCCAACUCUAUCCAAGCCUCCGCGGUGGAGAUCACAUGUAACCUGGUCAAGCCCGAGUCGGCCAUGGUGAGCUCUCUCGACCUGCAGGUGCAGGUGGAGACCCGGUUCGGCCUGUCGCGCACGGCCCCUACGAGCUUCGCAAAGUGCGGGCAGGAGUGCCUGCAUGGCGGCGCCUGCUGGUGGUCGAAGGACAUCUCCAACGUCGAGUGCGUGUGCCCCGAGCUCGCUUACGGAGAGUGGUGCGAAAACGAGUAUGGUGACGAGGAGCCGAUUCUGCGGUCCACGGCGCCGCUGGGAGGUGACCACACGCGCGAGACGGAAACGGUGAUCGCCCUCGUGGGCCUUGUGAUCCCCCGGGCCAACUUGUCCAUGAUGGCCAAAUGCGUGAUCUCGCACGCCACCACUGUCGAGACGGGAAACAUGAAUCGAGAUACCGACGUAUGGGAGGGUAAGGUGACGCCCUAUGACGGCCGAUUUGUGGCCCAGUCGGACUCGCUCACCAUCUCUGGCCUGUGCAUCAUGCCCGCCCACCACCUGGCGGACUACGUGCGUGCCAAUGGAACCAAGAUCAUCGGGUCGCAACUCACGGUGGCCGUCUGGUGGAAGUCCAACCCUGGUGCUGGGAACCGGUCAAUUGAGUCCAAGGUCAAGGGCACCUUCGCGCUUUACGGGCCGCUCGACAUGGCGAGCUCGAUCGUGAAGGCCGUGGGCAACGAAGCCGACGGGGGCGAGAUGCGGGUGCUGCGCGAGCAGAGCGCGCGCGUGAGCCUGUGCGACGCGGACGGGAACAACCGGGUGGGCGGCGAGGACGCCGACCUGUUCUUCCUCGACUUUUUCGCAGGCCCUUCGCGCCAGCCCCAGGUGGGGGUGAACGGAGGCGUGGCCAAGCAGUUCAGAUUCUCGGCGUGCCGAGCAAAGAGCGAGCGCGACCCGACAUGCGCCUAUUACGAGUUGCCCGUGUCGUUCGACUUUGCCGGCACCUACCUGGCCCACGUGGUGGCCUUUGACGGCGCGGCCACCCAGCUCGUGCAGCUCACCCAAACGGGGCUGGCGUUCGAGGUCAAGGGCCUGGGCGACAUGACGCUGCCGGUGCGGUCCAUGUUGCCGUCGAGCAUCUCGUGGGCCGAGAGUCUGCGCGAUCGCGAUACUGCGCUUCCUCUCUUCGACAAGAACCUCGCCCAAACGGUGUCGCCCAACACGGGAGCGGCGGACAGGUUGGGCGUGCUCGAGGCCCUGUUCGAGCGCAUCGAGGGCCGGUGGUUCAGCCAGCGGCAGACGGUGAGCGUGGCCUUCGAGAGCGGGCCGUCGGAGGUGUCCAUGGGCUCGGUGCACAUGGUGCACGCCCAGGGCAUCAGCGACCCCUACUUUUGCGACUCCCACACCGACGAGCUCAAAGCCGGAGUGAUGACAAGGUCGAUAAAGUCGUGGGACAGGGUGGGCAACGUGCCGCGCAAGUUCGCCCUGUCGAGCGUGGGCGUGGGCGAGACCGAGUGCGUGAGCUCGGUGACGGUCAACGUGGUGCUGGUGCACAGCGCGCCCAACGACGUCCGCAUCACGCUCACGCGUGAGGGCAAGCAGAGCGCGCUGCCUCGCGCCACCAACAUGCGCACCACCGUCCUCCUCAAGGACUUUGGCAGCGCCACCACGCCACAGCAAUUCACAGUGAGCACGGUGCCCGACCUGGGCUCGCUGGCGGGCCGGCCCGUGCGGGCCGACUGGCAUCUCAACGUGGAACACAGGGAUAACGCAACGGGGACGGGUUUCGUGCGCGACUGGUGGCUCGACUUUACCUCGGACAACUGCCUCCAUUUCCAAGGGGCGGAGGCCAUCUGCGGCUUCGGCCAAGGGCAGCUGUACGCGCGUGCCGCCGCCGACGACGACACUGUGUUCCUCGAAUGCCCCGUCGGCAGCAUCAUCUCGGAGAUCGUGUGGGCGCGCUACGGCCGCAUCGAGGGCUCGUGCGAGGAUGUCGCCACAAUGAAGCCGCUCACGGUGCACGACGCGUGCGAGGCCUCGGCGGCCACGGUCAAGAAGCGCGUGGCGAGCGCGUGCGUGGGCCAUACGUCGUGUGCGGUGCGCGCCGUUGACACGCUCUAUGGCGAGACCGAGGGCGAGCCGUUCCUGUGCGCCGACGAGCAGGUCGAGUGCCGCGAGGACCGGUCGCUGCGGGCCGAGCGGUCGACGCGACGGCAGGCGCUGUACGAGUCGCGCGAGCACCACGCGCAGGCACACAUGGCGCCGGUGACCUAUGGCGGCACGGAGGACCACUACUUGAAGUCGACCAUGGUGCGCCACCACACGGAGCCCUUCUUCCGCCCGCGCCUCGACAACAACGGGAGCGUGGUGGUGGUGGCGCGCGACCUGAGCAUGGAGUGCAGCUCGGAGCCGCGGGUGAAGAAGGCACUCAUGGUGCAGGCCCGGUGCAAAGAUGCCAACGCGGCGUUCAAGCACACGGACACGCCGGCCGUGGGCAAGAAGAUGGUGAUGGCGAGCGCGAGCGCCGACUUGGACAACGACUGGAAGGACGAGGUGGUGACCCUGUUCGGAUACGAGGGCGGCGCGCUGCACGCCUCCUUCACGUGGGUGGGCUCCAACAGCGAGCCCACGACGGUGGUGGUGCGCGAUCUGGCCGUGGGCGGGAGCGCGGUGGUGCUGGGCGAGGGCGGGCACAUCGAGAUGGCGACGGGCGACUUUGACAACGACGGCUACCCCGAGCUGGCCUUUGGCUUCCUCGACGCCAACACCGGCGCACUGCACGUGUUCAUGUGGGAUCUGCGCAUGGAGUCAGUCGAGGUGUGGGGCAGCGGCGUGGCCAAGACCAGCAUGCAGGACCUGCUGCCAUGCCUGGGGUGCUUUGCGGAGAGCGAGAAGCUGCGGAGCCUGUUCGCCACGGCGGUCGAGGUGCCGGUGCCGUUCCAGAGAUACCCGAUCAUGCUCUAUGGCUCGGCGGCGACGGCGGCCGGCGUGGAGAGCGGGAGCCGGCUGGACGCGGCCGGGUUCUCCUACUCGCUGGCCGCAGCCAAGGUCAACGCUAUGCCCUCCAUGCUGGCAGUGGCAUGGAUCGUCGAUCGGAGCACGGUCUCGUGGGCGCUCUUCCGGCAGACGUCGCAGUCGUCGGCGGCCAUGGUGUCGGAGGUGCCGCACUCGCUGGUCUCGCUGCGGCAGCCGCACGCCGUGGCGGUCAACCUGGGCAACUACGAGGGCUCGGGCCUGGCCGAGCUGGCGCUGGGCAUCGUCGACGACAACGAGGUCACGCUCUACCUCUACGCCAUCGACCAGCUCACGGUGGCCUUGCCCAUGACGCUCCAGAAGACGCUGCUCAUCGCCGAGGCACCCUGCGGCGGCGGCGCGCUGCGCGUGUUCAUAUGGGACCUGCGCAUGGAGUCGACGGCCGUGUGGGGCAGCGGCGUGGCCAAGGCCAGCCUGCAGGACCUGCAGCCAUGCCUGGGGUGCUUUGCGGAGAGCGAGAAGCUGCGGAGCCUGUUCGCCACGGCGGUCGAGGUGGCGGUGCCGGGGAGCCCGAGAUACCCGAUCAUGCUCACGGGCGCGGCGGCGACGACGGCGGGUGUGGAGAGCGGGAGCCGGCUGGACGCGGCCGGGUUCGGCUACUCGCUGGCCGCAGCCAAGGUCAACUCUCUACCCUCCAUGCUGGCGGUGGCGUGGAUGGUCGAUCGGAGCACGGUCUCGUGGGCGCUCUUCCGCCAGACGUCGCAGUCGUCGGCGGCCAUGGUGUCGGACGAGCCGCACUCGCUGGUCUCGCUGCGGCAGCCGCACGCCGUGGCCGUCAACCUGGGCGACUACGAGGGCUCGGGCCUGGCCGAGCUGGCGCUGGGCAUCGUCGACGACAACGAGGUCACGCUCUACCUCUACGCCAUCGACCAGCUCACGGUGGCCUUGAACAUGACGCUCCAGAGGACGCUGCUCAUCGCCGAGGCGCCCUGGUGGGACACUGCCCAAUACAACUUGCGGAUGGUGUCGGGCGACAUGAACAACGACGGCGACGACGAGAUCGUGGUGGCGUUCACCAGCGCGACGGCGGGCAGCGGCAGCCAAGCCGAGGUGUUCCGCGUGGACAGCGCGACGUGCUUCCGGCUGGAGUGUCUCGACCUGCGGACCCACGGUCCCGCAUGA